CAGAACAGAACCAACCAGAACACAACACUUCACCUUUCAAGUUUCAAGUUUCAAGUCUCGGUCAACAAUUGUGGUGCAAAUUAUACAGUACGCUCCACCAACAAGAUUCCAAUUUUGAUUCCAAAUCCGCGAUUUCAACAACACCCAGAAAUCGUUUACGCCCCAAUCUCUUCAAAUUCACACCUGGGUACCUCAGGAUUUUGGGUUUGUUCCCUUGCAGCCAUGAAUUUCAGGAGCCUGGAAGAUUUCUGGGCCUUUUACAUGAACCAGCACUCCAAGGCUUCCACAAGGCGCUGGCACUUCGUGGGAACCCUCUUUAGCAUUCUCUUCUUCUUUUUUUCUGUCUUCUUCAGUUGGUGGUUCUUGUUCCUUGUCCCUUUCUCUGGCUAUGGAUGUGCCUUCUACAGUCACUUGUUCGUUGAGAGGAAUUUCCCAGAGACUUUGAGACACCCCUUUUGGUCCCUCUUGUGUGAUUUCAAGAUGUUCGGGUUCAUGCUCACUGGCAACAUGGAUAGGGAGAUCAAAAGGCUGGGGAAGAGACCUGUGUUGCAAGUGUUUUGAUUUUGGUGUAAGCUUUUGACUUUGAUUUUAUUUUUUGAAUAAAAUUUGAAAGUUGAUUUUCGAUUUA